AUGAUCUCCAUCGAGGAACCGAAUGCCAUCAAGAAGUCGGGCCACAUUGCUGUUGUGGGAGAUAAGGUUUAUUUCCAGUGUGAGCGUAGCGAAAGUAUUGUGGAGUACAACAUCGGUGAGCAAGAACUAUCGGUGGUUCAUCUGCCGAUUGAAGAUGAGGACCUGCCGGACAUUGACCUCAUGGGGGUGCACGACGGAAUGCUGCUGUUUGGGACUAUUGUGUGGCCUAGACUCUACCUCCGGUCAAUGGAGGCUGGCCCCAGCGGAGCUAAAGAUUGGGCACGACGCAGGGUCAUUGAGCUCAAACCAGUGCUCCCUCGUGCCCUAUUUUUAAUGUCGGUGGUCGGUUUUGCGGAAGGUGUUGGUGCCAUCUUCCUAAGUACACAGGAUGGCGUGUACACAAUUGAGCUCAGUUCGGGCCAAAGCAAGAGCGUACACAGUAAGCCAAUCUUCGGAAAAGUCAUGCCCUACAUGAGCUUCUACACUAGAGGAUAUAUGCUUCGCUAG